GCUGCGGGGGGAGGGGACUGGGUGCAACAUCCAGUCACUGCUUUCUCUUCUCCUGUUGAACAACUGGUUGGUCCUUCCGGAAAUGGGUGUCCAUUCCUCCAAGGUAGCACCCCAAGGGGGGUUCGAGCAAGGGGAGGCUUCAGGGGCUCAGAGGCCAGAGCAGGAGGACUGGCCCCAGCCAGAGUCUGAGAGCAGAGCAGAUCCUGAGGCGGCAACUGGGCCCCAGCAGCUCCCCGCCUCCGCGGGGCAGCCAGAGCAGGUCCUGGAGUCCAGUGAGGGGCAGGAGCCCGACGAGAGCCAGGCUUCGGGGCCUUCCUCAGACCCACCCUGUCAGCCUUCUGAGAGAGGUGAUUCACCGGUCCCAGAAGCCCAGGGGCAGCAGCCAUCCCCUGGGAGGUCCCGCUGCCAGACCAACUGCCUGGAGCAGCCCCUCGCCAGGGGAUUCCAGAAGAUGGGGCUGGCUGUGGGCUCGCACCCCUGGCUCUUCCUGCUGGCGCCCCUGGUGCUGACGGCUGUCCUGGGCACCGGUUUGAUGUACCUGCCCAGGGAGACGGAAGAGAACCUGGAGGAGCACUACACCCCUUUGGGCAGCCCAGCCAAGGCCGAGCGGCGCUUUGUGCAGGCACAUUUCUCCACCAACGAGCCACACCUCUUCUCCCCGUUGCGGUCCAGCAUGGAGGUCAACUUUGCCUCCAUCCUGGUGGUCUCCAACACUACCAAUCUGCUGGAUCAAGUCAUCUUCUCAGAAAUUAGUCAACUGGACAAGGCAGUGCAGAUGAUGACCGUGCCCCUGGGAGAUGGAACCCAGGUCCUCUACCCUCAGGUGUGUGCCAGGUACCAGAGCACCUGCAUGCCCUCCAACCCACUCCUGUUCACCUGGCAGAAGAAUAACAACAUGGACCUGAAAAGCAUCACCUUCGCUAUUUACAACACUUCCGCUGCUCCCCUCUACUUGGCCGGCCUCUUGGGAGGAACCAUGCUAGGUCCCGGCUCGGGGAUUAGCCGUUUACUCCUGCAAGCCAAGGCCAUGCGGUUGCAGUACUACCUGAAGACCGCGGACUCUGUGGACAGCGCGCACAGCCAGAAGUGGCUGCUCGGGUUCCUGGACCAAAUUCAUGCCAUUGAAAAGCGCCUGACCUUGAAGAACAUCCAGGUGGUCUACUUCACAUCACUCUCUAGGAAACUGGAAUUUGAGGCGACUGCUAGGUCAGUGGUCCCUUUGUUUUACACGGCAUACCUUCUGAUCAUGUUAUUUGCAAUCGUAUCAUGCUACAGGUUUAGCUGUAUACGAAACAAAAUGUUUAUUGCAGUCGUUGGAGUGAUUUCUGUUGCCUUGGCAGUGGUGUUGGCGUUGAUGACAUGUUUAUCAUGAUUUCUGCCUGGCAGAAGACCAACAUCAUGGACAGCGUAC